AUGAUCGCCGCAAAGGAGAAGUCAAAAGCCCCCAAGGACAGCAUGACACUCCUCCCCUGUUUCUACUUUGUGGAGUUGCCCAUCGUGGCCUCCUCCAUUGUGACCCUCUAUUUCCUGGAGCUAACCGACCUCUUCAAGCCUGCCAAGGUGGGCUUCCAGUGCUACGACCGAGCGCUCUCCAUGCCCUACGUGGAGACCAACGAGGAGAUGAUCCCGCUGCUCAUGCUUCUCAGCCUGGCAUUCGCAGCUCCCGCGGCAUCCAUCAUGGUGGGGGAAGGCCUCGUGUACUGCCUGCAGUCCAAGCUGAAGGGACGCACCGAAGGGAGCAUCAACGCCGGCGGGUGCAAUUUCAACUCUUUCCUGCGCAGGACUGUCAGGUUUGUGGGUGUCCACGUUUUCGGCCUCUGCGCCACCGCCCUGGUGACCGACGUGAUCCAGCUGGCCACGGGCUACCACGCCCCCUUCUUCCUGACCGUCUGUAAGCCCAAUUACACACUUCUGGGCAUCUCCUGCGACUCCAACCCCUACAUCACGCAGGAUAUCUGCUCGGGCCAAGACCAGCACGCCAUCCUGUCUGCCAGGAAAACAUUCCCCUCCCAGCAUGCCACGCUCUCGGCUUUUGCUGCUGUCUACGUUUCGAUGUAUUUCAACUCCAUCAUCUCGGACAGCACCAAGCUCCUCAAACCGAUCCUGGUGUUCACCUUCGCCAUCGCGGCCGGCGUCUGUGGCUUGACGCAGAUCACGCAGUACCGCAGCCACCCCAUUGAUGUCUACGUGGGGUUCCUGAUAGGUUCUGGCAUUGCGGCCUACCUGGCGUAUCAUGCGGUGGGCAACUUCCGAGCACCGACGGAGAAGGCCCCUUCCAACCCCCCAGCCAAGGAUGCCCUGAGAGCCCUCACCCAGCGCGGCCACGACUCCGUCUACCAUCAGAACAAGUCCGUCAGCACAGAUGAGCUCAACCCCCAGACCCGGUUGGAGGGGAUGAACCGGCAGGUGCAGAGGGAGAAGAACUCGUUGGGCAGCCUGAAGAGGGCUAGCGUGGAUGUGGACCUCCUGGCCCCACGUAGCCCCAUGGGCAAGGAGAACAUGGUCACCUUCAGCAACACCUUGCCACGGGUCAACACCCCCUCCAUGGAUGACCCUGCCCGUCGCCACAUGACCAUCCACGUGCCCGUAGACGCCUCCCGUUCCAAACAGCUGAUCACCGAGUGGAAGCAGAAAUCGGUCGAAGGACGCAGCAUGACGCUGGCCGAGGAAGCGGCCAGGCGAGCCGGCGCCGAUUCCAUGGUUGGUGAAGAGGAGGACCAUAUCCCGCCCUCCUUGUACCCCACGGUCCAAGCCCGGACUGCCGAACGAGCCUCCAUGGGCCCGCGAGUUCUCAUCCAGCCGAGGCCCGGGGCUUCCCAGCUGGUACACAUCCCCGAGGAGAGCCAAGCCAAUGCCGGGGCCAACAUUUCUCCCAAAAGCAGCUCCGCUGUGAGGGCCAAAUGGAUGAUGAUGGCAGAAAAGGGGUCAGGGCAGCGAGUGGCCAACCCACCGCGCCUCAUGCAGGUCAUCGCCAUGUCAAAGCAGCAGGGGAUGGUGUCGGUGACCCCGAAGCAUUCAGAGACCUCCUCCUCUUCCACCAGCUCGGAUUCAUCCCAAUACCGGUCUCCAUCAGAAAGAGACAGCUCCAGCGUCGUCACCAUUGACGCCCACGCCCCACACCACCCCGUGGUUCACUUAUCAUCCGGGAAUGGGCCUUGGGAAUGGAAGGCUACCCAGAAAGCUCCCGAUAUCCAAGAUACUUACGAGCUCAACGAGAUGAGCAAAGAUUAUCGUGGCUUCCGGCCCGCCAAGAGUGCCGGCGUCUCCCCCGGUUCUUCCAUCAGCGACAUAGAACAGGACGAACCACGCUACGGGAGCGUGGCCACCAUCAACAUCACCUCAGGAGUGGGGGGAAGUGCUCCGAUCAUGUCGGCGGAGGCCAGCUCUGCCGAGAACGUGAUGGGUGUCGCCAGCCGGGAGUCGACCCUGCGGAGGAAGCCGACCACUUUGACGGUGGGAGAGAAGGAGGGGCAAGCCGAGGAGACCGAAAAUUACUACAAGAAGAUUCAAGCCAACCGAAGGUUUAAGGAGUAA